AUUUUGCUCACGCACGACGGUCCCCUCUUAUGCCCUCAAGUCAAGCAAACCGACGCCACGCCUAGAUUCUUGUCACAAAUCGUGAAAAGGUAAGCCAUUUCUUUACGACACUUUUGAAAACGAACAUCACGACGACGAUACCCUCGACCUCCUUACCACACUCUCGCUCACAUCAACCCCUACUAGCCGCCAAAAAUGGGUGAUAUCAGCAUCGUCGCUGCCCAGUGGCCUCAGGUCGAGGUCGGCCGCGUUCUCCUCAUCAACGACGGCCCCAACGCUGGCAAGCUUGCCACCAUUGUCGAGAUCAUCGACCACAAGCGCGUCCUCGUCGAUGGGCCCUCCUCAGACUCCAACCUCGCCAUUGCGAGACAAUCCGUUCCCCUGAGCCAAGCCGUUCUUACCGGACACGUUAUCCCCAACCUGCCCCGUGGUGCCAGGUCAGGAGCUGUCAAGGCUGCUUGGGAGAAGGCCGAGGUCGAUUCGAAGUGGAAGAACAGCAACUGGGCCAAGAAGGCCGACCGCCAGGUCAGGAGGGGUGCCCUCACCGACUUCGACCGCUUCAAGGUCAUGCGCCUCAAGAAGCGCGCCCGCUUCGAGGAGCGCAAGGCUCUGGCCAAGGUCAAGGCCUCGGCAUAGACGACAACGACUUUGACGGAAGCAUAAAAAGGAAUCUUUGGGACUGUUUCGGCGUGGCUUGCAUCGAGGGGACGGGCGUCAAAUUAGAGCAGACUUGGAAGGAAAGGGGCUUUUUCGACGCGGUUUCGGUUUGCGGAAAACGGUUUUCACCUUUGGAAUGGAUUGCAUGAUCAUAUCCAAUCGGCAUUAGGGCUAUUGCGAUUCUUUGCACUUUUUUCGGGACGACCCUGUACAGUCACGAUCAUCUUACGAGAUGGCGUGUCGCGGCGUAAAAUGAGGAAAUCUUUUGAGCCAAACGACCGUCGGCGCUUGAUAUUGUGACAAUCGGGGCGGUCGGGUGAUACUGAAGGGAGCCGGGCAGACUGAUAUACUCCGAAGCUACCAUUCGUUUCGUUUGUGGGGAUGCCUCGUCCUUCGAAAGCUCACAAACAAAACAAAGCAUUCUUACCUAAUGAUAUCAAGAACACCACGGCACUGCAUAUAAACGCGUCUGAAUUGUAAGAAUGAAAACUGCUAUUGCCAUUUGCCUUUGAUAUCCCGAAAGUAGUGCAGCAGACCUUCACACAAUCUUGAGCCAUUCAUAGCGAAUUUCCCCGU